UAGAGGAAAAUCUCAAGUGCUUUGCUGAAAAGCUCUGAGUCCUGGAAUCUGGCAGUUAGUAGAUGACUUCACGGGUGAUUCUCUGCAAAGAAAUGCUUUUAGGGUCCAUCCUCAGGGCUUGAUGUGGAGUCCCUCCGUUCAGUAAAAGGACGUAGCCAUGGCAGCUAAAAGUAGCAAACCCAAGCGUGGCAAAGGCAAAAGCUCCAAAAAGAAAACAAAGAAGGUGGUGAAGGAAGUGGAUAUCCUCAGCCCAGCUGCCAUGCUCAACGCUUACUACAUCUGCCACAACGCGCCCGCCUGCUUGGAGUUCCGGGGCUUUCCCUGGCCUGGCUCCCCGAAAAAGAAGGGGAAGAAAAGAAAGUAACGGGGUGGCUGGAAAGCAAAGGACUCGGUGAAAACCAGGCUCCCCAGUGAAGAAGAGACUUUUUUGCCUAUUAGACUUGUACUGACCUCUCCAGUGUUUAGCUCAAAUAUUUUGCCUUAAUCGCUGCUGUGUCCGUACAAAGACACUCUUAUUACAGCUCCAACCUAGAGUGACAAAUGGUAAGUGACACUGUGCCAUUGUAAUUUCAGCUGUGGCCCUUUGCCCUCUGGUUCUGUGUGGAAUAAAGCAUUGCGUCUCAGCAGUCCAAAGGGUUUGUAAUGGGGUUUGCUUUACCCAUACCGCUGCCGUUCUUUCCUGGAUGGGAUGUGCUCCCCAAUAGCGUUGGGUGUACCUCCAGCUGGUGUAACCUGGAGCUCAGAAAGCAGAUGCCAUGGUAAGAUUGAUGGUGUUAAGUAUGAUUUCUAUAACAGCUUAUAUGUGUGAGAGUCCCCCAGCCCUCCCUCUCUGAGUUGACAGAGCCAUGUGAUGCCAUCUGCAUAUCUGGGUGAUUUACCUUGUUCUAAAGAGUGGCUACAUUUGGUCAGAUAAGCAGUACUUGAAGCUCUAGCGAAUGUACCACCGCCUCUUCUUUGGCUGCAGUGAAAAUCUGCAGAUCUAGCUUGGAUGUUGGUAGUGAUGCUGUGUUACGCAGUUAGAGGUGAUGAUGAACCACCCCCCCCCAUGCCAGGUCUCCUCUUACUCGGUCGUGGUCCCAACGUCUUGGCUAGAGACCACAAGCUUUGUGUUAUGGUUCAGAGUUGUUUCGCUCUGUUUCCUUCACGUGUGUUUUAAUGCAGCCCUUGGUAAAUGUUGAAGCAGCAUGUUGAGCAAAGAUGUACAUCUCUCCCAGAUUCUUACACCGACUGGAAGGACACAGUAGAGUGACUGGGAGGGGUGAGGAUGUGUCCUGAACUGAUGCAGGCUGUGGAGAGAUGGGAAGGAAUGCAAAAGGGCUGGAAUCGUGGAGAAAGAGUUGGAAAAAGAGAAUCUUCAGUGGGCUAGAGCUACUCUAAGGGGAGAUGACCCAGUUUUCUAGGACACCCGAGGGACUGUGAGCACGCAAGACCGCUCUCUACACCAAGCGGCACUGUGACGUGCACAGGAAGUAUCACAUCAGAAUUUCGGUUGGUUUCUCUGGGCUGAACAUCUGCGGUGCCGAGCUGGCAGAGCAGUGAGCUGGCUCUCAAGGCCAUUUCUGAUUGACUUAACUGCAGGAGGAGGUGCAACACCUUUCUGACUUCCAGAUAACUCUGUGUUAUGGAUAACAGAACAGUCAAUUAUAAUGUGAUCGACCCAAACUGAUAAAGGCCUGUAAAGCCUUAUGCUGUUUCUCCAGAUUAAAAUGUUCCCUCUAUGAAGAGGUCUUGACCAGGUAAAAAUCACAGUUUUGCGGCAUUGCUUGCAGGCCGGCUGCUGUCGUUGUGUAGGCUGCUGCACUACUCCAUGGAAUUUGUUAUAUCUACAUGUCAAGAAGAUCCUGGUGGGUAUCCUGUUCCCUUGCUGAUUAGUCUGCAGUUGGAAUGUCCUGCUGCAUCAGAGAUGCGGUUUGCAGUGCCGGUUUGUUCCAUGUUGAACAUUGACAUGUCUUCCUCAGCAUUUACUCAUGUUCUUGCUUCCCCAUCACCCACCAGGAAGUCUCUGAUCGCAGCAUGUACUUGCAACUAUUUCCUCCAACUAUCAGCGUUCUAAAACAAGAGAUCUCUUGUGACCUCUGUAUUUAAUAUCUUGAGCUAAAUGUUUAAAAAAAAAAAAAAAUUAAAAAGGAAAUCCUUCCCUUUUUGUAUGUUUGCUAUGCAGAGCUUUAAGGGAUAGAUGUUUCCGAGCACUGAGGUAGGAACUGCUUAACAUCAUGGGGCAGCCCACCACCAUCGCUGUCUGUUUGGGUCCCAGGGUCAGUUUGUAGAAGCUGAAGAGCAGUACGAUCUCUUGCCAAGAUGAAGAACCCAGUUUAACAGCAAUUGCACGCAAGGCAGGUGUUUGGGGAAGGAACUUCCUUCUGGGCAACUAACUGAUUCUCCAGCUACCUACCGCAGCAUCAUGCGUGGUUUCCUCUGAAGCAGCUGUUAUCUGACCAGCGCGGGAGACAGCGUGCCGCACAAGAUGGGCCAGUGGUCUGAUCCGUAUAUGAUGGUUACAAGUAAGCGAAGCCAUUUUUACAUCUGUGAUAGGCUGGAGCUACAAUCAUUUAAAGACUCCAAAGUUUUAGUAUGCAA